GCUCCCAGUCUCGGUGUCCCGCUUUGGACAGAGCGCCUGGGCCACCCGAACCUACAUACGAGCGGCGGAGGGAGACACGGGGCACGCACACCCCUCAAGCGCACGCACACUUACUUUUCCCAUUUUACCGGGGCAGGCGAAGUUGAGACGCAGGACUUUCCCGCGCUGGACAGGGCGUGGCCGUAUUGGCCUGGCCCUGCCCCCCCGUUCGGCCCCGCCCCCCCAGGUUGAUGGCAGCAGCAGCUGGGACAGCAGCGGAUCCGGCAGGCAGCUGAGAGCCGCAGGCAGCGGCCGGAACGCGCGACCCAGUGCCCGGCCCCGGACACGCCCGCGUACCCCGGCCCACUCCACAGAGGAGUCGCCGCGAGAGCACCCCCGCCCGGCUUAGGACCAGUUGGCAGGAUCAAGGACCAACGCGCCUCUAGGCUCUGCAUCCCAGAUCUUUGCUCCAGCCAUGAGCCGGAGAGUGGUUCGGCAAAGCAAGUUCCGCCAUGUGUUCGGUCAGGCAGCAAAGGCCGACCAGGCCUAUGAGGACAUCCGGGUAUCCAAGGUCACAUGGGACAGCGCCUUCUGUGCCGUCAACCCCAAAUUUCUAGCCAUUAUUGUAGAGGCUGGAGGUGGGGGUGCCUUCAUUGUCCUGCCUCUGGCCAAGACAGGACGUGUGGAUAAGAACUACCCACUAGUCACUGGGCACACUGGCCCUGUGCUGGACAUUGACUGGUGCCCACACAAUGACAACGUCAUCGCCAGUGCUUCAGACGACACCACUGUCAUGGUGUGGCAGAUUCCAGACUACACCCCCGUGCGCAACAUCACCGAACCUGUCAUCACACUCGAGGGCCACUCCAAGCGUGUGGGCAUCCUCUCUUGGCACCCCACUGCCAGGAAUGUCCUGCUCAGCGCAGGUGGUGAUAAUGCCAUCAUCAUCUGGAAUGUGGGCACUGGGGAGAUCCUGCUGAGCCUGGACGACAUACACCCUGACGUCAUCCACAGUGUGUGUUGGAACAGCAAUGGUAGCCUGUUAGCCACUACCUGCAAGGACAAGACCCUGCGAAUCAUUGACCCCCGGAAGAGUCAGGUGGUUGCGGAGCGAGCCCGGCCUCACGAGGGCGCCCGCCCGCUGCGGGCCGUCUUCACCGCAGACGGGAAGCUGCUCAGCACCGGUUUCAGCAGGAUGAGUGAGCGGCAACUCGCACUCUGGGACCCGGAGAGGUUUGCAGCCCACGAGGGGAUGAGGCCCAUGCGGGCUGUCUUCACGCGUCUGGGUCAUAUCUUCACCACGGGAUUCACCCGCAUGAGCCAGCGAGAGCUAGGCCUGUGGGACCCGAACAACUUUGAAGAACCGGUGGCCCUGCAGGAGAUGGACACAAGCAAUGGAGUGCUCUUGCCAUUCUAUGACCCCGACUCCAGCAUUGUCUACUUGUGUGGCAAGGGUGACAGUAGCAUUCGGUACUUUGAAAUUACGGACGAACCACCCUUUGUGCAUUAUCUGAACACUUUCAGCAGCAAAGAGCCGCAGCGGGGCAUGGGUUUCAUGCCCAAGAGGGGACUGGAUGUCAGCAAGUGUGAAAUUGCCAGGUUCUACAAGUUACAUGAACGAAAGUGUGAACCCAUCGUCAUGACCGUACCUCGAAAGUCGGACCUGUUCCAGGACGACCUAUACCCAGAUACGCCCGGCCCUGAGCCAGCCCUGGAAGCAGAUGAGUGGCUAUCGGGUCAGGAUGCAGAACCUGUACUAAUUUCGCUGAAAGAAGGAUAUGUACCCCCCAAACACCGCGAGCUCCGGAUCACCAAGCGCAACAUCCUAGAUGCGCGUCCGCCUGCCGGUCCCCGGCGCAGCCAGUCAGCCAGCGACUCCCCCUUGUCGCAGCAGCACACCCUGGAGACACUGCUGGAGGAGAUGAAGGCCCUUCGCGAGCGAGUGCAAGCCCAGGAGGAACGCAUUACUGCUUUGGAAAACAUGCUGUGUGAGCUGGUGGAUGGCACGGACUAGCCUGGCGUAUUUGCUGCGAAGCUCUGCUCACUGCAGAUCCGAUGGAGCAGGGCGCACAGACUGGCAUCGCCGGCCUUUGGUCUGGAACUCCGUACCCUGCUUCCUGGGCUUGGGGUUAGGGGUGAGACCAGAAAAGAAACUCCAUCCCUCGCGAAAGGCGGGGACAUGGGGAUCUUAAGUGGCAAGGACUGAGCUACAUACUAGGCCCCGACUUUAGACUUUACAGGAUUAGGCCUAGAGGGAGCCUGGGAUAAUGCCGGCUUUAGUAAAGGUGCUUAGUGGUGAGGUGGUGUUCCUUGUCCCUUACCCUGGGCAGGGGAAAUGCUUAGCGUUAGUGCGCUGCCUGGGGCUGACCUCACGUGGAUCUCAACAUGUAUCCCCAGAGUCUCAGGAAAAUCCCCUCAUUUCUCCUAAUAAGCUCAUUGAUUUCCUUCACAGUAUGUGGGGGCAGAUGGGCAGCACCCCAUUUCUAUUGCUGGCAAAGCCUGACCCACUGGCUUCAUCCAUCCCAUCCAUGGCACAGGGCUCUCCUCUUUUCCCACUUCCAAAGAUGGCAGCUUCUUGGAGACAGACAUAACCCCACCAGAGAAAUCUCAGGAGAACUGGCAUAAGGUCUCUCUCUCUCUCUCUCUCUCUCUCUCUCUCUCUCUCUCUCUCUUUCUCUCUCUCUCAUACACACACACACACUGCCUCCAGCACUCUACUGAAUCUAUAAAAAAUACUGAGGCAUAAUUAAUGAAAUGAUUUACUAAGUACAAGUCUGUGCCUCCUGCAUGGACGGCUCCCCCCCCCCUUUCCCUUUUUGGAAUCCUGGGGAACCCAGCAAAUGCAAGCUGGGCUGAGGACCCGCCAGGCAGCCUCUUACCCUAGGUCAGCCAUCUUUGCAUUGAGGUUCCAAAGACCCCCACCUCCCACCCACCGGAGGCACUCCUCCCCUAAUAAAGUUAGGUAGAAAAGCAUCUGGUUUGAAACCUCUUUAUUUGUGCCUCAGAAUCAGUCUGGUGCCCCUGGCAUCAGGGAAGGGACUGGGAAGAACAGCUUUACUUUGUUGCUCUUUCUUUGCCCCCCUUUUGUGCCCCUUCUGAGCC